AUGGCCCCUGACCUCCGUGUCUUCAUACAUGAAGGCCGAACUUUCACAUCCUUCGAUGCAUCUUCGCUUCCUGCUGUGAUUCCCCCUAUCCCUCGACCCUGGAACCCAGUACUGGAGUCUGAUUCAUCUUCUGAUAAUAUCAGAGAUGCCUUGACUACUCAGUGGGCAUACGAAACGCGCCCGUGGUAUCCUAUUAUCCCCCAAAAUCCUGUUUUUGACGGUGCCAUUUUUGGGUGCCUCAAUCACUCAUACUACUCUGUGCCCAUCGAGAUGACACACGACGGUCGCUAUAUCUUACGCAAGGAUGUUAGAGAAGAAUGGCAGACUCUGGAGCAGAAGUUAAGUUGGUGUCAGGGACGUCUAGCAACAAACAUGCAUUUUCCUUGGUACGGCCAACCUCCACGAGCUCCAAGAGAUCACGGGUACUUGAGGUCUCAUGUCGAUAUGAACCUAGCAAAGAAGGUUGCUCUGAGGUCACGCGAUGCGUUCAUAGGUCUCGCAACUUUCUGCACAUACUUCAUCAUGGCUCGUCGAUAUAGACCCCACGAUGGACCCUCCUCAUGGACCUCUCUCCUCACAACAGACCCUCAAUGUCCUAUACCGUCUGCAUGGGUGGUCGAACUUUCUCGCACAUUUGUCGGGGAUCUGACGGAUGCCAUACCGCGCACUGGAAUGAUCAUCAAUAGUGCCUACGGUCUGAGCUGGGACGCAGAUGUAACCAUGUAUGAACACUUCAAAGUCCCAAUCUGGGUAUACUGGCCCCCCAAUACCGUGCACCAUAAGGCCUGGCACAAAUAUCUACCCUCAACAACAGAUAUCGCUGCAGCAACAACUCGGAAUCCGUGGGGCAUUGAGUCAGGAUGGGGGACUCAAUCUGAUGAUAACACGUGGGGGGUUCAGUCCGACAAUAAUCCGUCUAAGGAGUUCUCAUGGGGAACUGACCCGUGGGGCACUCAGUCGAACGAUCCAGCACCAGUACUCAAUGUUCAAUCACAGCCCGACCUCUCCCAUUUUCCGCUUCCAAAAAAAAAUAGUGGUCAGAAGCGUGGUGAAGAUUUCAAGGUGUUCUUUGCCCGCCGGGCCAUGCGGAACAAGGAGAGGGAGAUGAAGGAAACACCCUCUCAACGGCAGGCACGCCUAAGUCGCGAACGUUCAGCGUUGAAUCAUCACAUACCCGGGAGGUCCAGCACAAUCCAGGUGUUUGAAUGGCAGCCCGACGACGACAACGGUGACGAUGGAUUCCUAUUGCACCAUCCCGUCACGAAGGCUGGCGUAGUGGAAAUCUGGGGAGAUUACAGCAAGGAAACUAGGAUCUUUGAUCCCUUCUCUAAUCAGUGGGACUUGUGUUGCGCCCUCAACCCAACUAGCAUCCCUGACGGUGACGACCGGGAAGAUGAUGACGACAUCAUGCCUCCCCUCCCUCUAACCGCUCGAUCUGAACUUCCACCUCCUACCCCUUCCAGUUUCUUGCAGGAUAUAUACAAAUUCUUCGGUAAUGAGGUUUCGCUUGCAUCGAGACACGCGAGUAUUGAAGGACUCGUCCCUGUCUUGCAUUACCAUUUUGGAUAUCGACCUAUGGCAGCUAUCUUACCUCCUCUGAAUGGACCCAUAUCCAAACAGCUGGAAAGAUGGAUUAAGAAAAUGCAAUGGGAACAUACUCGAAAGCUGGUCGGUGAUUUGAUAACAGAAAUGGGUUCAAUCGCAGAGCCGCAACGCCGAAGCAUUAUGAACUUCAUCGCACUUUUGGUAAACUUAAAGCAAUCUGACUUGGGCAACCUAAUGCUGCCUGAUGUAUGGGAUUUAGGACCCAAUCCAUCUUUAUGGAUCUCACAUGCCCAUAUCCGAGUUUCUUACGCCGAGCUGUCACAAUGCCGGUUCUUCAUAAUCAAGCCCUGCCAGUCUUCAAACCAUGUUAGUUGGACAUUGGCUAUUCCUGACCCCAUUACCGCUGUGAUGUGCCUGCGACGUGACUGGGGUUCAGACUUACAGAAGAUCACACUUGCUCUCCUUCAAAGAGGCAUGUCAUUUAAGACCCUGCAGCGCAUGGCUGUCGCGCCCGACUUCCGGCGCCCCCUUGCUGAGCUUCAUACCUACACCUUGGGACACCGACCAUCUCCCUUCCGUGCGAUAUACGCGGAUUACGUCGUGUACGAGCAGCUACAUCACGAGUUUAUGAACCGGCCUCGAGCAAGGGCUGCUUUUCUGCAUGGGGGACUGAUAUGGCGGUUGGCAUUGCACAGCCUUGGUUUCGACCAUCUCCCUUCUGUCCUUGAUGGUAUCUCGCCCGAAGCUGUCCCAUUCGGUCUCCUAUUGUGUAGCAAUAAUCACACGUACUACGAUGAUGGGCUGUCGGAAGAAGAAAUUGAUUUUAUGUGUGGGACAUACUAUGUGCACCAGGCUCAGGGCACGGAUAUAGUAACAUCCUGGUGGCCUCGGCCGCAUGCUUGGAAUGUGUCGGGCUUAAACGUCGGUUUUUUGUCAGCUCGUUGCGAAGAUUGGUUCCAAACCCGUCUAGGCAACAUUCGAGAAGGAGUUUCUCGCGAGCGACUUUCAUGCACCAAUGACGCCAAUGGUCCGAUGACUUCCACUCAAUGGAAGCGUUCUCUCAAAUUUAACCCUGGCACAGUCAAGAUGAUGCAGAACAUUUCUGCAGCGUGUUAUGAUUUCAUGGCGAGGGUGCCUGUUUGGAAUGAGACGUAG